ACAUAUCUGUCAUUCAAAAAAAAAGUAAAUCAAAAACACAAAUAGACCACUGAAUCGAGUCGUUUAUUUUAAUCUCGUUUACAAAUAUAUCAACAAAAAAGUGUUUGGUUUCGAUUGUGUUUCCGCUUCAUUUGUUUAAUUAAAUCAAUCUCAAUUUGAACCUGACAAUGGACAUUCCAUCAAAUUCAGCUGAAUCAAAUACCACGUCCCAUUCGAAUCCUUUUCAACCCGCCGAUGAUAAUGACGACGACGACAUACCACCAGAAAUGUCAGCAUCGUACAGCGAAAUCUCAUUUCACGGGGUUCCCGAAAACUACGAAAAAUCGAUACUGGAUUCGUCCACCGACUAUUUGGAUGAUACGAUGAAGAGUCCACCGCGGCCAUCGUCAUUGGGAUACGGUAAUCGGGAGCCUCUGUUUCCUUUGGAUGGAACAGUGAGUGUAGACGGAUCAAUGACCAGUUUUGUAGCCGAAAAUCUCGAGUACAAAAUUAAGUUGGCAAGUCCGGUGUUGAGAAAAGAAUCGAGUCUAACAAAUUCUCGUACGAGCACCCCGAGUCAAUCCCAUGUCGUGCCGCGUCAAUUCAUCCAACAGUCUCAGUUCAAUCAACAGCAACAAAUCGACAUCGAUUGUCUAAACGACAUUGAAAUCGAAGCUCAAUAUCUGGCUGCAUCUGUCGAUAAUUUGACCGAGAAUCUGUGCAAUUUGCUGCAUUCCGUAUCGUCGAUAACCGCUGACAACGUCGAAUGUUAUAAAAACUCGGUAAAUAAACUAACGGACUGCAUGGACAGCAACAUUAAGAGUAUGUACACAAUAAUGGCUAAAACGGAAGAGAUAUCGAAUGCGAUGCGGCCAACUGUGCAGCUAUCUACAAGAAUACGGGAGAUCAGGCGACUGGUUGACAUGAUGGAAAUAAAUGUGUAAAUUGUGAUCAAA